AACACUAGUUUAGAGCUCAGCUAGCACACCUGGGGAGGUGAAGGCUUCUUGAUUCAAUUUCAGUGCCUUGUCUGUAGCCAGAAGCUGUUUUCUGCAGAACCUGGGCAAUACUGGUGAUGUGAGGCUGUGGGUCCUGUGUAUUUUGUGUGUGCUCAUUCCAUAUUCACUCUGUAGGAAUCUGUGACGUUCCAGAUUGAGAUGUCUCAAUGGAUACUUGGAGCUUCUUCCAUACUUGCCUGGUGUCCAUAUGGCUGCACAGAUUUUACAUCUAUUCUGCUAUUGCUUUUGGGAUCAGCCUUUGGAUUGUCAUUCAAUUCACCACCACCAGAACCAAAAGAAAGGGUGAGAAGUCCCAUGGGAAUCCCUCUUCCCCUGAGGGAACAGCAGACAAACUGGGAAAUGGAAGUGCCCCCCCUCAGGCACAGGAGGUCCAUGUUGCUGGAGUGAAGAUUUUCUAUGGCUCUCAGACUGGCACAGCAAAGAGAUUUGCCCAAGCUCUGGCUGAAGCUGUUACUUCUCUUAAUUUGCCUGUGGAAGUCAUUAACAUGGGAGAUUAUGAUCCAGAAGAUGGUUUAUCUGAGGAGACAAGCAGCAGGAACAUCUGUGUGUUCCUGGUGGCCACCUACACCGAUGGGCAGCCCCCGGAGAGCGCAGCCUGGUUCUCCUGGUUCUGCCAGUGGCUGGAAGAGGCAGCCAAUGAUUUCCGUGUUGGGAAGAGCUUCCUGCAGGGCCUGAGAUACGCUGUGUUCGGGCUGGGGAACUCGGCCUAUGUGGAUCACUACAACACGGUUGGAAGGAGGAUGGACAGGUGGCUGUGGAUGCUCAGUGCCAGCAGGAUCAUGACUCGUGCUGAAGGAGACUGCAAUGUGGCCCAGAGCAAGCAUGGCAGCAUCGAGGCUGACUUUGAGGCCUGGAAAGGCAAAUUCCUCUCUCGGCUCCAGGCGCUCUGCAGAGGGGAAAAGAAACCCUGCAGUGGGAAGUGCAAGAAAGGAAAGUGCAAAUCUUCGGGGAAGCAGAGCAAGGAAAGCUCAGACAAUGAACACAGGACGUCAGAACAUGAGAAUACUGAGGCAGAGGAAUUGUUUGAAACCAGUAGUGAGGAGGAAGCUGGAGGCACAGAUUCUGUCAUCGAUGUUGAAGAUCUUGGCAAUAUCAUGGGCCACAUGAAGAAAGCAAAGAGAGAGCAGGAGCUGCAGGAAGGAGCUGCUGGAGCUGGGAGCAAGGAGGAGGCUGAGAGGAGAGAGAUGAUCACCCCAGCCCUGAGGGAGGCACUCACAAAACAAGGCGAUGCUGCGUGGCCGUGGGGGCUGCUACAAGCACACCUUCUAUGGCAUGAGAGCCACCGCUGCAUGGAGGCCACCCCCAGCCUGGCCUGUGCCAACAAGUGUGUCUUCUGCUGGAGGCACCACACGAACCCCGUGGGCACCGAGUGGCGCUGGAGGACGGACCCGCCCGAGGUGAUCCUGCAGGAGGCCAUGGAGAAGCACCAGAGCAUGAUCAGGCAGCUCAAAGGUGUGGCAGGAGUGAAGGCAGCUCGCCUGGAGGAGGCCCUGGCAGUGAAGCACUGUGCCCUGUCCCUGGUGGGGGAGCCAAUCAUGUACCCACACAUCAACAGCUUGGUCAGGCUGCUGCACCAGCACGGCAUCUCCACCUUCCUGGUCACCAACGCUCAGUUCCCUGAGGAGAUCAGGAGGCUGGAGCCUGUGACCCAGCUCUAUGUCAGUGUGGAUGCCAGCACCAAGGAGAGCCUGAGGAGGAUUGACAGACCUCUCUUCAAGGACUUCUGGCAGAGGUUUCUAGACAGUUUAAAGGCCUUGGCUGAAAAGCAACAACGCACUGUUUAUAGGCUGACCCUGGUGAAAGCUUGGAAUGUGGAUGAAGUCAAAGCUUAUGCUGACCUGAUCUCCAUUGGGAAACCAGACUUCAUUGAGGUCAAGGGCGUGACGUACUGCGGGGAGAGCUCUGCCAGCAGCCUGACCUUGGCCAACGUGCCGUGGCACGGGGAGGUGCUGAGCUUCGCGCAGGAGCUGGCGCGGCUGCUCCCGGAAUACGGCGUGGCCUGCGAGCACCAGCACUCCAACUGCCUGCUGCUGGCCCACAGCAAGUUCCAGGUGGAUGGCCAGUGGAGGACCUGGAUUGACUACGGCCGUUUCCAGGAGCUGGUGCGGGAGCGGGAGCAGAGUGGGGGCUCCAGGAGCUUCUCGGCAGCCGAGUACACGGCCAGGACUCCGGCCUGGGCCCUCUUUGGGGCCCGGGAGCGCGGCUUCGACCCCCUGCACGUCCGGGUCCCGAGGAGGAGCAAGGCGCGGCUCGCCUCGGGCUGCUGA